AUGGCGAUAUCUAAGCUGUUACUGGACCAGUUAUUAGUAAACGAUGCUUUUGGAACUCGAUUAGAGGUCUUGUCGGUUGAGAAGGUGAAGAAACUUCUCACGUAUUACAAGAAGAAAGACGACGGCAGUUAUGACAAUAUUAAGAUUGCCAAUCAAGUUCCAUCUGAUGAUCCUCCAGCUGAAGGCGAGUUGGAUAGUUUGGGUUCACCAUCAAGAUGUGAAUCGGUUAUGAGUGAACAUGGUGGACUAGAAAGUGAAAAUGUCACAACUGGUUCUGUAGUGAACUCUACCACUGAUGCUGACCAACAGUUGCAGAACUUCAUCGCAUCGCUGUGCUCAUCCCCUUAUGAUUUAUCGACUGUCAAAACUGACGAACCAGAUGCCCCUCCAUCGCCGCUUUUCUGUGACACCACUUACCAGCUGAAGAAGGAGCGUCAUGACUUUGUUGUGUCACUGGCUGAACACUAUAUGGAGAGAAUGUGUUUUGAUAGCUCUUCAAGGUCAGCGCAGGUAAAUGCUGAAAGGCACAACAUGUGGGUGAAAGUUGCACAUCUCACUAACGAGAAAUACGUCGGCUUGCUCAGUCCACUAGGUGUUGAACAGACGAAGAAAUUGUUCUCCAACUGCAAACGUCGACGCCGCAUGAGGCUUGGGAAAAGCAGUGAAGAUUCACCGCUGGCAUCUUUAUCGGGAACUUCUGUUUCUGUGUCGCCCGAUGGAAAUAAUGUGGAGCAGAAUAUCUCGACCGAUACAAUGCCUUCACUGGACAGUUAUUUGACGUCCAAUGAAACUUCGCCACGCCCAAGCCUCCAAAGUUUGGUACACGAUUUGGAUCUCACCGUUGAGAUAAAAGAGUUGCGUCGUCAGCUAGCUGAACGCGAUGCUGAAGUGGCUCGGCUGAAGCGUACAAUCGUAGAGGUGCGUCAAACAGAAGCAUUCAAUUUUUUUACCUGUAUUGUAUUGUUAUGA